GACUACUAUGCUACUCCGUACGCCGCCGAAAUUGUGAAUGCAUUCACCAAUAUCCUAUUUCUAUAUCUUGGAGUCAAGGGUAUCCGGAGCUGCCGGAAGAACGGCCACGAUGCCAUCUUUCAAGUAGCGUUCCUUGGAUACCUCCUGGUUGGAUUAGGGAGCUUUCUAUUCCAUUCUACAUUGAAAUAUCCCAUGCAGCUCGUUGACGAGCUGUCGAUGAUUUACACGACAUGUCUUAUGUGCUACGCCACCUUCUCCUUUUCUCGGCCUCGAUCUCAGUGUGUUAUACUUGGAGCUGGUCUCCUGAGCUUGGCGAUCUUCAUCACUCUCUAUUAUCACUAUCUCCAGGACCCAGUCUUCCAUCAAGUGGCAUAUGGGGUCCUUACUGCAGUUGUGAUAUUCCGGAGCAUGUGGGUGAUGGAAGUUACCCUACGUCCAUCUCUACAGCGAUCGCGCAGCCAUGCCAAGUCAGGCGCCUCGGGACACGCGCUGACUACUAGCGGGGAGACAGUGAACGACAGAGAUCUCAGAAUCCUCAACAGUAUGUGGGUAAUGGUAGCCUACGGCCUGUCGACUUUCCUUGGGGGAUUCUUCAUCUGGAAUUUGGACAAUAAAUAUUGCUCAACAUUGCGUAUCUGGCGUCGUGAGAUUGGACUUCCAUGGGGAAUCUUGCUUGAGGGACAUGGUUGGUGGUGA